CUCCUGUGGUGAUGAGACGCAUGGCAGAGAUUAACCAGGCCAGAUCUGAAGCUUGCCAAGAAAAUUCAACCAAUGACAAUCUCAAGUCAGAAAGCUGUGAUAAUAUGACAAGAAUCGCUGAGGAAUCCGAAUUAACUGACGUCUCGUCUAGUCAUACAACAAACAAUAUCAGUACUGAGGAACCUGAUUCUAGUUUGGAACGACCUGAUUUCGGUACAAAGCCACCUGCAUUUGGGUCGGAAUUCACCUUAACAAACUAUAUCAGUACUGAGGAACCUGAUUCCAGUAUGAAUCGGCCUGAUUCUAGUACGAAACGACCUGAUUUCGGUACAAAGCGACCUGAAACAAGGUCGGAAUUUGCCUUCAACUGCCUUACUCCGAGAGAAUUGAAGUGUGAUUUCAAAUUUGGUGAGGACUCACUAACUCCGUCCGACGUGGAAUGUUCAGAUGGUGCCAGGGACCUUAUUCAGAGACUGCUCAACCCUGAUCCCCAGAGGAGGCUCAGGUCUCUCUUAUCUCUACAGAGUAUACGCUUCUUCAAGGAUUUCGAUUUUGCUAGUGUUAGGACCAAAAAGAUAUCGCCAAAAGAGGUUCUUCUCAGACUCUUUCCUGAUGGCCCAAAAACACAACAGUCGACUGAAAGUACAGCAUACUUUUUUGAAGAUUUUGACUCUAUUCAUAUCUGAAACCCAUCAUGACAUUUUUGAAGAUUUUGGCUCUAUUUUCAUAUCUGAAAGCCAUCAUGACUCUGGGUUGAUCCAGCAUUUUUUUCUGAUUUGACAAAUUUCACAGAAAGAUGUUGCUAUGAUAAACCCUAAACUGAUCUCUAGAGCGUUAAUUAAUGUGAGUAAAAGGUGCUCCUGUUUCAAACUUCUUCCUUACAUAUUUGUAUUUCAUAUGGCAAUCUCAUAACUACAGUAUUUUCAUGUGAAUCUCAUAUCUAUUCCCGUAAGUUAUAUAGUUUGUACUUUAGAGAAGUCGUACUGUACCUGAGUGUUCAUCACCUAGGUACGACAAUUUUAUAGAUUUAUAAGUUAUUGUCUUCUUUAUCAGAUCAUUUUCUAAUUUUAUAGGUGGAAUAUUCAAUUGAAAAAGACAUAGCAGGACAAGAAAUCCUGCAAAAACAUGUUGGAGUAUUUGGGUACAAUAUUUCUUACUAAUGAUUGUCAUUCCAGUAGGUAGAAUGGCGAUCCAUCAAUGUUAAAUCAAAUCAAAUUAUGAAAACACUGGGAUUUUGUCAAAAAAUAUCACUUAUCGUAUUUAUUGUUAAAUAACAAACAUGUCAUCUCAUCAGAUGACACCAUUGGUGUUAAAACAUGUUUGUUAUUUUACAAUAAAAUAUCGGGGCACCGAGCUUCGCUCGUUAUUUUUAUCUAUU